CGAAAUGUAACAUUUCAAAUGAGGUUAUGCUUAUGUCACUAAACAUAACCUAAAAAUAAGGAAAACUUCUUAUGAUGACAAACUCCAAAUCCUACUGAAAAACCCGAAAACCUUCCGCUCAGCUUCUCCCUUGUUUAUAGGGAAUUGUACGAAAUGACUUUUAUUGACAAUCCUGAUGAACCAAAACCAGAAUCUAAAACCACUGAUAAGAAAAUUAAUUCCACUCAGGAGGAUUUGAGCCAGUGGGGCUACGAUUUGUACCCUGACCGAAGAAAGCCUAACAAUGAGCCAAAGAGUAUAUCAGGCUUUUUGGCAGGUAAAGGUAAAGAGAACAUUGAUAAGAUCAAAUGCGAGAGGAGUGUAUACAAAUGUGUGAAACAAAGUCCUUUGGUGAAACUGAUGAUGGGGGCACUAAAGGCUUCUGGAUGCGGCAUCGAUAUACGGAGACACAUAUCAUGUGAAGAAUGUGCUCCCAGUGUCAGUGGAGGUUAUGACCCUAUAAUGAACCAGGUUGUGAUUUGUCAAAACACUGCCAGAAAAGAAGGGACUAUCCAGUCUGUACUCAUUCAUGAGAUGAUCCACAUGUUUGACUAUUGCAGAAACAAUUUAGACUUCAGGAACAUUGACCAUCUAGCCUGCACAGAGAUUAGGGCUGCGAAUUUAGCACAUUGUAGUUUUAUGUCUGCUUGGAUAAAUGGAGAUGCAUCACCUUUCAACAUCAAAGAAGCUCAUCAGAACUGUGUCAAAAGUAAGGCUUUGAGUUCUGUUCUUGCUGCUAGGAAUAUUUCCAAACUGGAGGCUAUAGAUGCUAUAGAAAGGGUGUUUCCAAAAUGUUACCCUGAUUUAGAACCCAUUGGGAGGAGGAUUAGGCGGAAUUCAUUGGAUAUGGAGAAAGCAUUUGAGGAAGGAUACUAUUAUGGUUUUGAUCAAUCUUGAUUGAUGGCCGAAAAUUAGCCAUAAUCAUGAAAUUGUUCAACUAGCUCUUGAAUAUACAUUUGUUAUUUGUUUGAAAUUGU